UGAAAGCAACAACAGGCUUGAGCAGCGGUUCAGCCGACGUGUUUGUGUCGUUGGAUCUACGAGAUGAAACACAACUCUAACGUCCCGGCUUUCCUCACCAAGUUGUGGACACUUGUGGAGGAUGCCGACACCAAUGAGUUUAUUUGCUGGAGCCAGGAGGGCAACAGUUUCCUUGUGUUGGACGAGCAGCACUUUGCCAAGGAGAUCCUCCCCAAGUUCUUCAAGCACAACAACAUGGCCAGUUUCAUCAGGCAGCUGAACAUGUAUGGAUUCCGUAAAGUGAUGCACAUUGACACCGGCGUUGUGAAACAGGAGAGAGACGGCCCAGUGGAGUUUCAGCACCCCUACUUCAAACAUGGACAGGACAAUCUGCUGGAGAACAUCAAAAGAAAGGUUUCCAACACUCGGCCAGAGGACAACAAGAUUCGUCAGGAAGACCUGUCCAAGAUCUUGGCCAGUGUUCACAAUGUUCACAGCAAACAGGAGAACAUUGACCACAGGCUGGCAACACUCAAGAGAGAGAAUGAAGCUCUGUGGAGGGAGAUCUCAGAUCUGCGACAGAUUCAUGCUCACCAACAACAGCUCAUCAAAAAGCUGAUACACUUCAUCGUCACAUUGGUACAGAACAACCGCAUCCUAAAUUUAAAACGCAAAAGGCCAGUUCUUAUGGACAGCAAUGGGAAGAAGCCCAAAUUCAUUCAUCAGAUCUAUGAUGACAAAGUGUGUGUGGAACAGUCGUCUGUCAACAGUCUGAACAGCAUGAAGGCCUCUGAGAUGUCGGAUGACGUAAUCAUCUGUGACUUGACUGAGAGUGAUGCCGAGGUGGCAGCUGAGAUCGCAGAGGGGUCACACAGAGCCCACGAUCAGGGUGACAUAGAAAUCGUGGAAGUGGAGCUGGACAGCUGUGCGUUGCUACCGGCUGAGACGGAGGUGAGCACCUCUUGCACAGAUGAAGUCAAACAGACCGAGGCUGGUGUGUUAGCAGCAGCAGCAGACGACAGCGGUGGAGCGACCAGCAGCGCCCUGCAGCUCAAUAAAGCCUCAGGCCUGAGUCUGGAGGACCCCGUCAAGUUGAUGGACUCCAUACUGAAUGAGAACGGAGCAAUAUCGCAGAACAUCAGCCUGCUGGGCAAGAUGGAGCUGAUGGACUAUCUGGACAGCAUUGACUGCAGUCUGGAGGACUUCCAGGCCAUGCUUUAUGGAAAACAGUUUGGCAUGGACUUCGAUGCCUUCGAGGAGGGUGUGUCCUCCAAAGAGAACACGGCACAGCUAAACCGAGGCAGGACAGACGACGUUAACACAGAUAAGCAGUUGAUCCAGUACACCUCUUGCCCCCUAUUGGCCAUCCUCGAUAGCUGCAUUCCUCAAACAGAGCUGGAUCUGGGUCCCAGCAGCAGCAGCAGCACUGGCUGCUAUACCACCCACCUCCAGCCCUCCUCCAGCCCUGGUGCUUCUGUGGAGGCUGAGCCGCCAGCAGAGCUGCUGGACAGCAGCCUGGAGUUGAAGCAGCCGGCCCGCAGCUCCCUGAUCCGCCUGGAGCCUCUGACGGAGGCGGAGGCCAGCGCUGAGACGCUCUUCUACCUGUGUGAACUGAGUCCCACCGGAGCAGAGGGCGACGCCAACAUUCUGGACAGAGUGUGAGCAGGAAGGGAACUGGUAUGACAGUGAUGUUGGUUCACCACAGCAUACAGACAGGACUGACGUGUGUUAAUAUUCCCUCACUUCUCUGGCCUGAGGGGUGUGCACGUUGAGAAGCAGUAACAGAACUGAAGGAAGCCCCGGGCUGGUUGAAGAAUAGCUGCAGUCUGUCCCAUGUACACAUUUUUACAUUUAAGACUUUUGCGUUUAUGACUACGGAGUGACAAAAAUAAGCCACAUUCUCAUCAAAUAAAAUUAUUUCAGUUUAACAACCUGUGGCAGUUUACUAACCCCUUGAAAAAAUUGCACCACUUCUUACAGAGUCAUUACUUGGUCAGGAGAGAACACAAACACAUCAUACACAUACUGUACAGACAAAUCGGAUUGUGUCCAUACAUUUCUAAAAGCAGGAAGAUGUUCCUUCCUCAUGUCUUCAUAUCAUGAUCACCAGAGUGAACUUUCUUCUUCUCUAUCAACAGUAACCUAAAUGUAGUCAUAGGAACAUCCGGACCCAUGGGAACAUCACACUUUCGGUUAACAUCACCCAAAGCAUGAUGGGAAUUUUGGAAACAAAACACAAAACAUUCUAAUCUUAAUGGAAAUAAGAAAAACAACAAAGUUACAAAACCAAUGCAAAAUAGAUUUGUUUGAUCAAUAAAUGUUUUGACUCAAAAUGUCUCCUCAACAUGGUUCUUAUAUUCUCGGAACAGUUACUCUAUCCACUCAUAUACACCUAUGUACUGUGCUGUGUGUUUAUGAACAUACAGGCAAAAUGUUUUAAUUGCGUUAACGUGUUUCUUUUCUACAUGUUUAGUUCCGCUGACCAUAUUCUGUGAAUAAGUACAUGACAUGUAGCUAAAAUGCAGUGAUUGCCAUCAUCCUUUUAAAUGGAGUCAAAAGUGAGCAGAAACGGGUGAGGGCUCAAAAGAGUAAACAAACUUCGCUGCCGUGUGUCUGAAAAGUGAUUAUAAGAGUACUUUAUAUCCAUGACUGUCCAUGUUUCUGAAACGCAAUGCUCUCAAAUGUAAAAAGUGACAUGGUUUGCACCAACGGCGGCUGGUGAAGGCACGCGACACUCUGAGCCAGAUUCAUCUUUGGUCUCCUCUUCAGUAUCUCUGCCAUCAGUAAAGCAUUGCAUCACACCCAGUUCUACAAAGUCGUUGAGGCGGCAUCUUCAACCAACCUUUAAGAACACAUUGAACUUUUUGUAUGUACUUUUGAAAAUGUAUUUAUUCCUAUUUUAUUUUCAUCUUUUGCUACAUUUCUGUCUAAAAAAGGCUAGGAUUCUGCAGAAAGCAACAUUCCUUCAGAUAGGGUGGUGUUCGGCCCGGGCUUACUUUGAGUUCAGCAACAUUUUUUUAAAACUGGGACAAAAGUUGAGUAAAAACGUACCUGUUAAAGCGUCAAUAGUGUCAUGUAAGUAAUUUCACAGUUUGCACAUCACUUAGUGGUCUGUUAAAGUGGGGGAUGGGACACAUUGUAAAGUACAUUGUGCAAUAGAUGAUUGUUAGUUGCACCACCUCUUCUCAACAACAUCAGUAUACAGUACUUAAAACAUAUGUAUGACGGAGUGCUGUACAUUUGAAUGCUAGUUCAAUAAACAUUUCUUAUAUACAUGUAGUCUAAAUAUCUCUGGUGUGACCAUAGACAAGUCACCACAAAGGAAUGGGGCCUUUGCGUGCGACUGAGGGAUACACAUGGUAGAAAUGUCAUUAAAUCGUGAGUGUCCAGCAGGUGAUGUUGCCGUCCACUAAGAAAACAUUGGGGUCUAUUUGAUGUUGUGGUCAGCUUUGGUUGUCUUUGUAGCAAAGUGAUCCAAUGUUCUCGGUUUAAAUCACCUUAACCAACAUUCUUCAACAGUAACGAGACCUGUUGUCCCAGUUGGCAUGAAUGAAAAAGCAGCUAAAAACAUGAAUUUAUUGUAUUUUUAAAGGAGCACUCACUGAUUUUGUUACAGCGCGCAGUCGUUCCAUUACGCCCCAAAUCAUCUUCCAAGCUCCCUGUUCACAAUUUGGAAACAACAGAGAAAACGUUGUGUGCUUAAGUCAGAGCCCUGAUCUCAGCUGUCUAUGAUUUCACUCUCGUUGUGUUGAGUAGCCUAAGUAAGUUCAUGUUGUUGUUAAGGGAAAGUCUUCCCCUGUCUCUAUUCACUUAUAUGGAAUUGCCCAUUUCUUCUGAUAGCUUUACACUUUAGAUCUCAGAUACUGGUUAUAGUUUACUCUCCAUGAGUAUUACUUCAUCAUGGUCAUGUGACUUCUCUGUGACCUGCCCACUUCCUAUGAGCUGUCUUGUCAUUGUUGCAAGCCUUGCGGUUUAAAUAAAGCAAA